AUGGAGGCGUUGACCAAGUGGGCAAAGACGUCGAUUGUUGGCGACGCAAACAUGUUAGCAACUUGGCGCAAGAGCAGAAGCAGCUUCUUGAUGCAGCUCCCUGAGGAGUACCCGGAAUCAGUCAAAAAGGCCAUGAACUUCAGCCAAGACCCCUGCGAUAACUUCUUCGAGUUCUCUUGCGGAAGCUGGGUAGCACAGGCCCAGAUCCCUCCCUCGCAAGGCGGGAUUGCAAUGGCGUGGGACGAGGCCGAAGACAAGUCAUACGAGACCCUGCACUCGUUGAUGUUGAAAGAUUAUCCUCAAGACUCCAAGUUUCGCAAGGUUCAGGAUUGGUUUCAUUCCUGCAUGGAUACGGAAAGGGUUGAGAGUUUGCAUGCCCAACCCUUGCGUCCGUGGUUGGCGGUGGUAGACGGGAUCAAGAACCAUGAGCAACUUUGGGAUGCCAUGGUGAAGUUGCAGCUCUGGAGCAUUCCAACUCCCAUCAGCCUGCAGGUGACUACCGAUGAGAAGGACCCGUCGGUGAACGACCUCUUCCUCGAUGCUGGCGGGCUGAUCCUGCCUGACGCCACCUACUACGAUGAUGAGGAUGCAGACUCAGUCGCGGCCAUGCAGUCUCUGAAGGAGUAUGUCCAUCGCAUCGUGAAGCUUUCGGGUUACUCUGAUGUCGAGGCGGAAGAGGCUGCCAACAGAACUCUUGAGAUCGAGAUGGCCUUCUCUGAAGCACAGUUCGAAGAGCCCGCCAAGGACCUUGACGACGGUUUCGACCAUUACAACCUGACCCAGCUGGAGCAAAACUCUCCGCACAUCCCCUGGGCCAAGUACUUUGCCGGGCUCAAGGCGGGUUGCGAGAGAGCAGGGGUCACAUGCCUGUCAGAUUUGAACGAGGGGAGGAAGAAGAUCGUUUUAGACUCUCCUGUCUUCUACAGCACCCUCUCAGAAAUGUUUGCCAACAAUUCUGCUGAAUACUGGGUCCCAUACUUGCGAACGCAUGUGAUCUACAACCUGUCGCCGCUGCUCUCCUCCAACUUCCUGAACGCCACGUUCAAGCUGGAUGCCGAGCUCGAGGGCACGGAAACUUUGCCGCCGCGAUGGAAGAAAUGUGUCGCAGCUGUCAAACACGCUCUGCCAGGGUUGACGGAUCAGCUUUACAUCCAGUCGACCAAGACUGCUGCGUUGGAGAAGGCCAAGAACAUCGAGUUCAACAUCGGCUCCCCCUCUUCGUGGUCAAAGAUUUUGCAAGACUACCCCGUCUCGGCGCAGAGCUACUUCAACAACAGCAUGCAAGCAUAUCAUCGCCAGCAGAUCCACAUGCUCAGCAAAGUGGACAAGAAGGUAGACAGGAAAGAAUGGAGUAUGCGUGCUAGCACUGUAAAUGCAUACUACGACAACGGCGUCACGUCUCUCUUUGUGCCAGCAGCAGUGCUGCAGCCGCCCUUCUUCAGUGAUACCUACAAGGCCGUGCGAAACUUUGGGGGGAUCGGCUGUGUGAUGGGACAUGAGUUCACACAUGGCUUCGAUAACACGGGGAGAAAGUUCGACGCGCACUCUCGCAUGCGGGAGUGGUGGCAGAAGCCUGUAGUGUCGCGCUUCCGGGAACACUCUCACUGCAUCGAGAAGCUCUACGACAACUUCGAGAUCGCGGGCGAGAACGUCGAUGGGAACGGGACGCUGGGGGAGAACAUCGCAGACAUGGGGGGGCUGAAGAUUUCGCUGCGAGCAUGGGAGCACUUGCACACACAGACACACGGCGCUCCUCCGAGCCUGCAAGAGCAGCGACUCUUCUUUGUCAGCUUCGCUCAGAACUGGUGCGACAAGAACAGGCAGAAGGCUGAGGAGCAGACCGUCUUGACGGACGAGCAUAGUCCCAACAUCUUCCGUGUCAACGGGCCCGUGUCUCAGAACCCUGACUUCGCCCAGGCCUUCGGAUGCCCCGUUGGUUCGCCCAUGAACCCCAACCACAGGUGUGUCCUCUGGAAGGACGUUGCGCCCUCCGAGGAGCUGCUCUUCCGCAAGCUUGAGAAGGACCGCAAGCUCCGAGCCUUGCGGUCGGACAGAUAG